CAUCGCCCCGCUUCUAUUCGCCCCGAUUGGCGACCGCUCGACGACACCGUUUGAGAUCGCCGCUGGAUAAGGGCGCGUGCCGGAUCCGCCGCCUCUUCUUCCUUGCCCCUUCCGGUUCCCCCGUUCCCUUGUGUGGGGUUGCCGCCGCCGCCGCCGCCGGCUGCCCCAAGAAGCGGCGCAGGGCUCCGCUUAUAGGGUUUCGCCGCCUCGGCCCUCCCGUGCGGAUCCGGUGCAGGAGCCUCCCGCUCUGGUUUUGUCCCUUUUUUAGGUCGUCUUUCUUGGCCUCUCUUUUUUUUUUUUCUUGGAUUCCGGUUUCGGUGUUCCUGUCCUCCACGGUUCUAGGAUUGGCGGUGAGGUAGAUUGAUAGUCGCUCCUGAUUUAGGCCAAAAAAAUAAUAAUGAAGAUUCAUCUUUACUCUGUAUUAAUCUUGGCGGAUCCAUCCAUCCUUAUUGAAGAGCGCUUAUAAGAAUAUGUUGGAUUUCGUCGUUAGGACAUCGCGUCUUUGACGUUCCUAUUAUGUCUGAAUUGUUUCAUCAAGAAGUCAUCUUGGUUUGUGUCUCUAGGGUUUUGUGUUUGGUUCGGUCGCAGUUGAUUUCGCUUCCUUAGUGAUUCGACUGAAGAGUGAUUUUUCCUUUUCCUUUCUAAUUCUGAUAUCAGGUACGAUCCGUCGUGUAUUAGGGUGGUUGUUCGCCUGUUCUUGUAUUCAAGAUCUUUAACUAUUAUCUUCUCUUGGAAGCGGUUCUUGUUAAAUAUGCGCUUCAAGUUAUUCUAGAACCGCUUCGUGGAAGAGGAAAAUUUUAUCCCUUUGCCUCAUUUUGGAAUGAAUAGUUCUGAUAAAAUGGUUCGCAAACCGCCACCUGCUCCAAGACAAUAUGGUCUGACAAAGCCAAUCUCGACUGCUGGGCCUACCGCAGCAGAUCUCAAGAGGACAAUUGAACUAGAGAAGUUCUUGCUCGAUGCUGGACUUUAUGAGAGCAAGGAAGAAGCUAUCAAGAGAGAGGAGGUUUUAGGAGAAAUAAAUGAGAUUGUUAAAAGCUGGGUGAAGCAGUUAACUCGUCAAAGGGGUUACUCUGAUCAAAUGGUUGAAGAGGCCAAUGCUGUCAUUUUUACAUUUGGAUCUUAUCGUUUGGGGGUUCACGGACCAGGGUCUGACAUUGAUACGCUGUGUGUUGGGCCUUCCUAUGUUAAUCGAGAGGAAGACUUCUUCAUUGUUUUGCAUGACAUUUUGGCUGAAAUGGAGGAAGUUUCUGAACUGCAACCAGUGCCUGAUGCUCAUGUUCCUGUUAUGAGAUUUAAAUUUCACGGGAUAUCCAUCGAUCUUCUUUAUGCCAGUAUAUCACAGUUAGUUGUUCCAGAGGAUUUGGACAUCUCCCAUGGAUCUGUGCUUUAUGAUGUUGACGAGGCAACAGUUAGAAGUCUUAAUGGCUGUAGGGUAGCAGACCAAAUUCUUCUGUUGGUGCCAAAAAUCGAGAAUUUUCGAACAACUCUCAGAUGCUUGAAGUUCUGGGCUAAGAAGCGGGGAGUUUAUUCAAAUGUGACUGGAUUUCUUGGGGGUGUAAAUUGGGCUCUGUUGGUUGCUCGUGUCUGUCAGCUUUAUCCUAAUGCUGUCCCAAGUAUGCUAGUAUCACGAUUCUUCAGAGUUUAUACUCAGUGGCGCUGGCCAAAUCCAGUAAUGUUGUGUGCUACUGAGGAAGAUGAACUUGGUCUCCCUGUGUGGGAUCCGCGUAAGAACCCACGAGAUCGAACUCACCAUAUGCCUAUUAUUACUCCGGCAUAUCCAUGCAUGAACUCUAGUUAUAACGUAUCAACAAGCACAUUAAGAGUUAUGAUGGAACAAUUUCAAAUUGGCAACAUGACCUGUGAGGAUAUUGAGUUGAAUAAGGCAGGUUGGAGUGCUUUGUUUGAGUCUUACCUUUUCUUUGAGACAUACAGAAACUAUCUCCAGAUUGAUAUUGUAGCUGCUGAUUCUGAGGAUCUAAGGUUAUGGAAGGGGUGGGUUGAAUCACGUCUGAGGCAGUUGACUCUGAAGAUUGAGCGGGACACCUAUGGCAUGCUGCAGUGCCAUCCAUACCCCAAUGAGUAUGUAGAUCACUCCAGACAGUGGUCACAUUGUGCCUUCUUUAUGGGCUUGCAAAGGAAACAAGGGGUGAAGAUCCAAGAAGGCCAACAGUUUGAUAUACGUGGAACCGUUGAUGAGUUUAGGCAUGAAGUGAACAUGUAUAUGUUCUGGAAACCUAGGAUGGAAAUAUAUGUUUCUCAUGUUCGUAGAAAGCAGCUACCUUCUUAUGUUUUUCCAGUAGGACAUAAGAGACCUCGUCCAUCCAGACCCAUAGGCCAGCAACUGAUUGAUAAAACUUCUGGUGAAGAUUCGUGUGAUGAAUGUCAAGGAGGACCAUCGGUGCUUCCACGUAAGAGAAGAAUGAAUGCUGAUUACUUGGAUGAUAGAGCAAACAAACAUGAGAAGCAGGCAUCGAUUAAUUCAAGCUGGGAGAAAUUUCCAAACUCUGACCAACACAAUCAUGUAGAUGUAGAUGAGAAUUGGAGCAAGAGGAAAAAGGAUGAACCACAUGAAGUUGUCUUUAAGCAAGUUAGCUAUGGUUCUGUUUGCCUGAGCUGGCAGCUGCAAGCAUUUGCUUCUAACAUCGAUAACAUAUCAGAGCGGAUACCUAAUGACAUAGUUUGUUUCAAAGCUCAUAGUUUGGAGAACUUGGCUGUAGUUGGCAGCAGUGGUGUGGAUGAUGGCACGGAAGGACCGUUUGGAGAUGACCAAGAUGGCAAUGGAGCGAAGCUGGUAAAUGGAAUUUCACAUUUUGGAAGUGGCAAGGCUUCAGCGGGAAAGCUGUUCUGCAAUUCAGAGACAUUUGAGGCGGUGGUUAUGCAACAGCUUGCUGGCAGUGAUAGCACCAGUUUGGAUGACGGAAAAGAUCUACUGCACUAUGGUAGGCAGGGAGCCAACGUAGAGAUGGAUAACUUGAAUGGAUCAGCACGAGAUGGUGUGGGAGAUACCUUAAAGCCAAACUUUGCAUUUGGAGUGGCCCUUCAAAAAGCUCAUGGAGUGACUGCUAAUGCUGCACAGAAACCAUCACUAAGGCAUGCCUCGAUGAACCCUAUAUUCUACUUUGUGAUCACUAAUGCUGUGUUUUCUUUAUGCUAUUCUGCUUGUUGUAUUGUUUUUCCAUCUUUGUGGCAGUCUCAGUCUAAUUUCGAAGGCAUGAAGUUCUGAGGAUGGUUGGGACACUGAAAAGGAAGCGACAACCUGAAUUGCCAUUUUGUAGGAAGGAAAGCCUGAUCUGCAAUUGGUGGGUAAGUUUUACUGGAUUUAACAAAGUUUAUGUUAUGCAUGCAAUUGAAUUGGUAUGAACAAGUGGAAGAACUGAUGGGGAGGUGUACUAUUCUAAGCAAGCUGUUCUAACAAUCUGCGACAGAAAGUUUAUAUAUACAAUCAUCUUGAAGAUGAUCUAGCAGAUGUUUUGAGAUUGGAGACUCAUUCUGCAUGUCUGGUCAACCGGUCGUGGUACAAAGACUGCCAACGUGCCUCAUGACAGAUCACUGAGGCGUUAUUUUUGUUUCUAUUUUAUUAGGACUGUACACUUGUAUUGCCUUGUAAAAUAUUACUUCCAUGUUGGAGUUCAUUUUGUAUCGCUACUGAGUUAACUGAAUCAAUAGAAGCCAGACAGUUGCUUGCAUAUA